AACCUCAUAACCUCUGAUUAUUUCGUCAGGUCAAACGAGGUUGUGAUAACUUGUGACAGCCGCUACUGGUUGACAGUACUUAACACUUUGACAGUUGCUGUCACUCGAAUAGCUGGUUGAGGUGCCACGUGUAUGCGGCACAGUAUACGUCCUCCGCGAGGCCGAGCGUAAACUAGAAACUAUGGUGCUCGACUUGGAUUUCUUCCGUAAGGACAAGGGUUUCGACCCGGAAAAGAUCCGGGAGAACCAGAAGAGGCGUUUCAAGGAUGUGCAGCUAGUGGAUACCGUGAUCGAGAAGGACCAGCACUGGCGGCAAUUGCGUCAUCGUGCCGACAAUUUCAACAAGCUGAAGAACCUGUGCAGCAAGGUGAUCGGCGAGAAGAUGAAGAGGAAGGAGCCGCUCGGCGACGUCGACAUCGUGCCUCAAGCCAUCACCGACGACCUGGACAACUUGAGCUCCGAGAGCCUGAAAGCUUUGACGGUGACGCAGAUCAAACGAAUACGUACCCUCAUCGACGAUGCCAUACAAAAGAACGAUGAGAAUCUGAAGACUACCGAGUCAGAGAGGAAUAACGCACUCCGGGAGGUGGGAAAUCAUUUGCACGAAUCUGUGCCCGUCAGCAACGACGAAGAAGAGAACAAGGUGGAGAGAACAGUGGGAGACUGCACCGAGAGAAAAAAGUACUCUCAUGUAGAUCUGAUCCACAUGAUCGACGGAAUGGACGGAGAACGUGGAACAAGUGUCUCCGGUGGACGCGGCUAUUUCCUCACUGGACCAGCGGUGUUUCUUCAACAAGCCCUAAUACAAUUAGCAUUGAGGAAAUUACUUAAAAAAAGCUACAAGCCUCUGUACACUCCAUUUACUAUGCGGAAAGACGCGAUGCAAGAAGUGGCGCAACUUUCUCAAUUCGAUGAGGAAUUGUACAAGGUGAUUGGUAAAGGUACCGAACGUAACGAGGACAAAGAAAUGGAGGAGAAAUAUCUCAUUGCUACUUCCGAGCAACCAAUAGCAGCUUUCCAUAGGGGCGAAUGGAUAGCCGAAAACGCUUUACCGAUAAAAUAUGCUGGAAUCUCUACUUGCUUUAGACAAGAAGUUGGCUCUCAUGGACGAGAUACUAGGGGUAUCUUUAGGGUGCAUCAGUUUGAAAAGGUAGAACAAUUCUGUCUUACCUCGCCGCACGAUAACAAAUCCUGGGAGAUGAUGGAAGAAAUGAUUUCCAACGCGGAAGAAUUUUAUCAGGCCUUAGACAUUCCUUAUCGUAUAGUUAAUAUUGUAUCCGGUGCACUGAAUCAUGCAGCUUCCAAGAAGUUGGACUUGGAAGCCUGGUUCCCUGGAUCGGGUGCAUUUCGCGAGCUCGUAUCGUGUAGCAAUUGCUUGGAUUAUCAAGCAAGAAGAUUGCUAGUCAGAUACGGUCAAACGAAGAAAAUGAACACCACGACGGACUACGUUCACAUGCUGAACGCGACGAUGUGCGCCGUGACGCGCGUAAUUUGCGCAAUUUUGGAAGUACAUCAAACGGAAACUGGCAUCAAGGUGCCAAAAGUUCUGUCGGAUUACAUGCCUUCCGAAUACGAAAGUGAGAUUCCGUUCGUGAAAGCUGCGCCGAUCGACGAGAUCGAAACGAAGAAACAGAAAAAGCAAAAGGAAAACAUAUCGAAGUAGCAAGUGAUUACGUGAACAUGGCAAUGAAGCAAGUGAACUAUAGAUUUUAUUUAUUGCAUUUUUAAAUUGCAUUUUUUUAAAUAUUCCAUCUAUCUAAUCGGAUCGCGCGGAGCUGUGUGUUGUAAUAGAUAUUUAAGAAAAUAUACACGAUUUCGGCUUCUCAA